CGACAACACAUGUUUGUAUCAAGUGAUUAUGUGUUUUAUAUCGCAUGUCAUUACAUGUGAUCUUGGAACUUCUCAUUUUCUCGAAAAUUGACCAUCUUCUCAUUUGAUCUCAACCCUCUCUCUCUAUAUCGUUGUAAAUUAUUAUCAGUAUUGAUUUUGGUCCACAAGAUUCCUACGGUAUCAUCAUUUAAGCAUAUCUGAGAUACCCGACCAAUGAUCAAACUUUAUAUUCAUGAUGUGUAAUUUUUAUGUUUUUACAUUUCCUGCACAGAUUGAAAAGGUAUGCAAGGUAGCAAAUAAACCUCUGGUGGUGACUUAUACCGGGUUAAUUCAAGCUAGUUUGGACUCUGGCAAAAUCAAAAGCGGAAUCUACAUAUUCAAUCACAUGCACAAGUUUUGCUUCCCAAACUUAGUUACAUAUAAUGUUAUGCUCAAAGGGUAUCUUGAUCACCAUCUGUUUGAAGAAGCAAGAGAGUUGUUCCAUAAAUUAUUGGAGAAGAGGGGACAUGUUACAAGUUCAGCCGAUUACAGGCACACGGUGUUACCAGAUAUUUAUACUUUCAACUUGAUGUUAGACGCCUGUUUGGUGAAUCAACGAUGGGAUGAUCUCGAGUUUUUCUACACACGGAUGCUGCAACAUGGAUACUACUUCAAUACAAAACGACAUUGUCGAAUGAUACUGGAAGCCUCCAAGGCUGGAAAGGUGAAUCUAUUGGAAACAACCUGGAAGCAGUUGAUUGAAGGUAAUCAAGUUCCACCACCACUUUUAGUUCAAGAAAUGUUUUGCAUGAACCUGAAGCAAGAAGACUAUGCUUCUGCUUUCUCCUGUUUAAUCUGUCUUCCGUCAACGGAAUCACAUAAAUAUUCCCGGAACUCGUGGUUGCAUCGUUUCAACGACGAUCCCCACCUUUUCCGGGAGGAAACGCUUCUCCAACUGAUCGAUAAGAUCACCAUUUUGUCGAUUAGAAACGAAGAACCGAAUACAAUAUUUUUGAAUUUGUUGAAAUCUUGUAAAGAAUUCCUAGCUAUCCAAUAUUAGAAAUACCUUGGUAAUUUGUAUGCUAA